GCGCGUCGGAGUCGCUCUGCCUAAUUGAGCCCAGCGGCGAGGCCCAGGGAGAGGAGCUCGUCUGAGGAGCUGCUGCAGCGUUUCUUGGGGAGCGGCCGGUAUCAUCAUGUUUGAAAUCAAGAAGAUCUGCUGCAUCGGGGCGGGCUAUGUCGGGGGACCCACUUGUAGUGUCAUUGCUCACAUGUGCCCUGAAAUCAGGGUGACUGUUGUAGAUGUUAAUGAAUCAAGAAUCAAUGCCUGGAACUCUCCAACACUUCCUAUUUAUGAGCCAGGACUGAAAGAAGUAGUAGAAUCCUGCCGAGGGAAAAAUCUGUUUUUUUCUACCAAUAUUGAUGAUGCCAUUAAAGAAGCUGAUCUUGUAUUUAUUUCUGUAAAUACUCCACCAAGACCUAUGGCUAUGGGCAAAGGCCGUGCAGCAGAUCUGAAAUACAUUGAAGCCUGUGCAAGACGCAUCGUGCAAACUCCAUGGUUACAAAUAGUGACUGAGAAGAGCACAGUUCCUGUUCGGGCAGCCGAAAGCAUCCGUCGGAUAUUUGACGCAAACACAAAACCCAACUUGAAUUUACAGGUGCUCUCCAACCCCGAGUUUUUGGCCGAAGGCACUGCUAUCAAGGACCUCAAGAGCCCAGACAGAGUGCUGAUUGGGGGAGACGAAACGCCGGAGGGCCAGCGAGCAGUUAGGCCCUGUGUUGCUGUCUAUGAGCAUUGGGUACCCAGAGAAAAGAUCCUCACCACCAACACAUGGUCUUCUGAACUUUCCAAACUGGUAGCAAAUGCUUUCCUUGCCCAGAGAAUCAGCAGCAUUAACUCUAUCAGUGCCCUCUGUGAAGCAACAGGAGCUGAUGUAGAAGAGGUGGCAACAGCCAUUGGAAUGGACCAGAGGAUUGGGAAUAAGUUUCUGAAAGCCAGUGUUGGGUUUGGUGGGAGCUGCUUUCAGAAAGAUGUUCUGAAUUUGGUUUAUCUCUGUGAGGCUCUGAAUUUGCCUGAAGUAGCUCGCUAUUGGCAGCAGGUCAUAGAUAUGAAUGACUACCAGAGAAGGAGGUUUGCUUCCAGGAUCAUCGACAGUCUGUUCAAUACUGUCACUGAUAAGAAAAUAGCCAUUUUGGGGUUUGCAUUCAAAAAGGACACAGGUGAUACAAGAGAAUCUUCUAGUAUAUAUAUUAGCAAAUAUUUGAUGGAUGAAGGCGCACACCUUCAUAUAUAUGAUCCAAAAGUACCAAGAGAACAAAUUGUUGUGGAUCUUUCUCAUCCAGGAGUUUCAGCAGAUGAUCAAGUGUCCAGACUCGUGACCAUUUCCAAAGAUCCCUAUGAGGCGUGUGAUGGCGCCCAUGCAGUCGUUAUUUGCACCGAGUGGGACAUGUUUAAGGAACUGGAUUAUGAACGGAUCCAUAAGAAAAUGCUGAAGCCAGCCUUUAUCUUUGAUGGACGUCGUGUCCUGGAUGGGCUUCACAAUGAACUUCAGACCAUUGGCUUCCAGAUUGAAACAAUUGGCAAAAAGGUGUCAUCCAAGAGAAUUCCGUAUGCUUCUGGUGAAAUUCCAAAGUUCAGUCUUCAGGAUCCACCUAGCAAGAAACCCAGAGUCUAGAAUUGCCAUUUUAAUUAGUAAUGUUUUUGGUAUUCCAGGAUAGCAAAUACCUUCUGAUAUUACAUGGUAAAUGAAUCAGGAGUUUUUAAGGAAACAAAACUUUUUUUAAUCAAGUUUAUACUAGCCAUAUUGGAAUUAAGCUAUCUGAUAUUAUAGAUCUAGAAUAUUUUUUUACAUAUUUUUAUAAUACUGUUACCUCAGUGAUUGGACAAGUGUCAAAUAAUCAUGGUUGCUUUAACGGUGUCAAUUUUUGUAAAAUUAAAAUGAACCUUCAGAUACUUUUUACUUUACAAAAUGUCCAAAGGCA